CUGCUCUGCCACAGACGCCUGCCCCUGCCUCCUGAGAUAAAGAUGAAGGUGAUGAAGAUCCUCGUUGUGAUCCUGAUAGAAGGACUAAUCUCCUUCGAUUUUUUAUAUGGAGCUGUCAUUGGAAAUAAUCAAAAUGAAGUUUUUAAUAAAGCCACAGAUGAUUUCUCGGCAGUUGCUGAGAGAUUGGAGUAUAACGAUAAACCCCACUUUCCCAAUGGGAAUCAUAUCGUUGCCUUGUCCAGAGCUGCACAUUCAUCUAAGCCCCAAGAAAUGCUAGGGGAAAAUAAAGGGCGAAAAGGAAGAAAAAAAGGAAAGGGACUGAAGAGGGACCCGUGUCAGCGGAAAUACAAGGAUUUUUGCAUUCAUGGAGAAUGUCGAUAUCUUAAAGUACUGAAGGAGCCAUCAUGUGUGUGUCAAGCUGGAUACCAUGGGGAGAGAUGUCACGCUCUGAUCCUUCCUUUGGAAAACCCCUCAAACACUUAUGAUCACACCACUGUGCUGGCCGUGGUUGCUGUCGUACUCUCAUCUUUUUGUCUAAUUGUUAUAUCCUCAUUAUUAAUACUAAGGUACCACAAAAGAGGAGCUUAUAAUGUGGAAAAUGAAGAAAAGCUAAAAUUUGGAAGUCCUACAUAAAGAAACUUCUGUUGCAAGAAAAUUAUUAUAAAUUAUGGAUAUUUCAAAUAGACUUUAUUACGGGUUGCUGGCAGAUGGAAUGAACUGUACAGGGUGACACCACCUCAAUGACGUAUAUCCUGCCUGAAGAUGGAAAUAGUUCUGUAUUUAUUGUCCGUGUACAGUUUUGAACGUCUAAUUCUAGCAGAUUUAUAAAACUAAGGCUGUAGCUGCCGAAAUGCAAUGAUAGAAGUGACAGAUUACAACUACAAGAUGCCCCGGUACUGUUCUGGAUUUUGCUAUCUAUACGUACAUACUUUUUAUGCUUGAUCACUUAGAAUUCUUUAAUCCCCUUGAUCGCUAGUUAAUAUUAUUAGCAAUUAUAACUGUAGUAAAAAGAAAUGUUUCAGUUUAUUAGAAUUAGACAGUAAUCUCUGUCUAAAAUUCACUGGGGGAAUUCAGCUGUAAGUAAUGAUGGAGCUAUUCAGUUGUUUUGCUGAGGGGCGUGAGUGCCGCGGGCGAGCAUUACUUAUCGCGCCCAAAUGCAUCAGCUGCUGGUAGUGCAGUUUGGACACCCAUAAGGAAGGCUUUUUUGUGCAUUUCGAGGGAAUCGAGUAGAAAUAUUUCUUAGUAUUAUUACAUUUUAUUUGUAGGGCGCCACAAGUGGUUCAGAGUGAUGUACAUACAGCACACAAUAGAACAAUACAAGGUAAAUAUGACCUCGCAUUACAGUAGCCAAAACUAAAAUGGAAAACAAAUAACAAUUCGCACCACAAAUCUUAACGCACAAUAUGGAAUGUUAGGUCAGCAAAGGAGUAAAUGGCGUCUUACUAGGGGAGUAAGCCGCUAUGAGAGAUGAACGGCUACGAUUGAGAGGAGGUAUGGUUUAGAUGGCCUCUGAGUAGGUGAGGGCUGUAGUAGAAGUGCAAGAGAAGAGGGCUGUGUGAAUAGGAGAGAAGAGGGCCCUGCUCUGAGGAGCUUGCAAUCUAGGGAAAGAGGGGAGACAGGUGACGUUAGGUGUGAGCAAGGGAGGGGACUGAGGGCAAGAAGUAAGGGUAGAGAUGACCAAAGCACAAGGCAGGGGGUGGGGGGAAAGACCUCGAGACAUGCGCUGGAUCUGCAAAACAAUUGAAUUUUGGCACCCCAAAAAAACAAUUGAAUUCCCCCCACUAUAUCUAUUGCCAAAGUAAAACCUAUAUACCACUGGAUUUUUUAAACAGGAAAUGUCUGGCUCCACUUGCUGUCCUGGGGCCUUGCCAUUGUUGUCAUGUAGCCUGAUACUAAGUGAGGGUGUUUCAUCUAUCAUUAUCUUUGUUUUUCAUCAGUUGUAUAUUAUGCUAUGAGGCAUAUUUACCUACUUUCCCAGAAUGUCUAGGACUAUCCAGAAUUUUGAGUUCUGUUGUAAUCUCAAGAGAGUAGCCAGCCUCCUGCAUCCGCCCACUUCUCUGGGAAAGAGUCCUGCAUCCGUCCACUUAUUUGAGGAAGCCUCCUGUGUCCAGGGCCGUCUUUUCGUAUAGGCUCAAUGGCAGUUGCUCAAGGGACCCAGGAGUAUAAGGGCCCUAGGCUGAUAGCUGAGGGUCCCCUUUUCCAGUGAUACCAGAUUUUUGAAAAUUGGCCCUGGGGAACCGGAGAUAUCCAACUUCAAAACAGUGGUCCCCAUCUGAGCCUGUUCAUUUCUGACUUAAGAGUUUUUCUCAAAAGCUGGGACUCUCUUCUUUCAGUAGACACUGGCAGCUUGUUUCUACUAUGCCCAGACCCAGAGAUAUCAGCCUUCCAGCAGCUGGUCACUGCUCGAGCGCCACACGCCUGUUUAUGAAGUUUUAUAUUUUCGUUGGUGGAUUGCUCUGGCUACUGAACUCUGUUCCCCAAGUCCCCAGGAUCUCCUGAAAGGUGGGACAUUCUAGUUGUUUUAUCCCAUUGAAAACUAUUUCCGGGAACUGGAGAUAUCUGUAGUCACGAAGCUGCCCUCAUACCAGAUAAUGAUGAAUAUUAUGCCCACUCCACUAUCCACCCUUAUCCUGCGUAUUAAACACCCCCUACCACCGUGGAAGUCAUGUACUGGGGACCCUUCAUUCAGUCCAAUGCCCCCUUCUACAGUUUAGUGUACUCCAUUCUGCCCCACCUUCCACCACCUGUGCAGUAAAGGAGUAAUUAACAGAAAUUACUGCUCCAGGUCCUACAUGUUGAGUGGAAGAUAGAACACCCCCUUAUCGCCAGCGGGACAUCAAAGCUGUCGCUCUUAACACCCCACCACCCCUAUUGCUGGAGGAUGGGUCGAGGGCCCCAGUGCAUUGCUUUGCCCAGGGGCCUACACUGCUGUUAAGCCGGCCCUGCAUGUAUCCACCCACUUCUAUGAGGAAGUCUCCUGGAUCCACCCACUUCUCUGAGGACGUGGGUAGAGGCUGGCUGGUUUCUUGGGAUUAUGGGAGAGCUCCCCAAGAUUUGUGUGGGAUACUCCUGGACAUUUCAGAAGGCGCAUAUAACAUCAUUGUUGCCACCCCCCCACCCCCCUUCCCGGCUUCAGAAUGCUACAAGUUGCAGUGUUUUACAGUGGCAGGUGGAGCCACCAUGAUGCAAUUCACAUGCCCUGUGCAUCAUCCCACCUGGGCCGCCACCACUGGCAUCUCUCGGGAACCCGGUUAAAAAAGUUGGUCAGUAGCUAUUAGACCAUUUCUCAAACAAAAAAAAUCCAGCACCAUUGUUAAUACUAUUUUAUUAUAUGUGAUGUGUUUAACUAGAACUUCAAAUAGUAUAUUCUGUGAGCAUCCGGGAUGUAUAAUGUGGCAUAUUUUCAAAGAAAGGUGCUAAUCUAUUCAACAUAUACAUCUAAUAUUUCAUGUAUGGUUUUGGUUUAGUACUGGUUGUAAAUUUUAAAAAACAAAAAGAAUAUUUUGGCUUAUAGAAGAAAACCCUAAAGGAAAACUAUUAUUAAAGAUAAUUAGAUUUGUUCUUAUUUAGAACUAAAUAAAAUAUAAGGGCCUGAUUCAGAGAUGGAAGUUACUGCACCCUUUGGCGGGUGCAAAAAUAUGUCACUGCUAGUUUAAGCCUUACCUUUGUGCAAUAACAUUUGCCGGAGAGUGCGAGCCCUAGGGUAGCCAUGUUCUGUGCCCCUGUAAGCAGUAACAUGGCUGGGUGUUCAAGACAGCCCACAAUCGUCGCACCAUUGCUCAGCACACAUCGCGCUGAGUGCUGAGCGGUGGGAGAGAUGUGUGCUGAGCGGUCUGUGCUAGAUCGCUCAGCACACAUCUCCCCCGUGUGUACGAGGCUAUAGACUAAACCUCUUCACGAACAGCAAUAGCAGCAUUGUUUUACUUAAAUAUAGAAGAGGAGCACUUUAUCAAAAUAAGAAAUGGUAUCCGGAUGAUAGGUCGAGAGUCAAAAGGAUGACACCAAAUGGUCGACAGGCAUAUGGUCGACAUGGUCAAAAGAUCGACAUGACAAUGGUUGACACAGCAUAUGUUUUGACAUGAGUGUUAUGUUUUUUUUAAUCAAUAUGUUUUUCAUACUUUAUGUGGACUACGAUUGGGAAUGGUAACUGCCCUAUCGCUUGCCAUGUGAGGGGAUGCGGUUCACUAAUUGGAGUUCCACAUACUAGAAGGGAAAAUUUGACACAAAAAAAACAUGAAAAACUUAUAUCGACCUUUUCAUGUGUUGACUAUUUUCAUGUCAGCCUUUUGACCAUGUUGACCAUUUGGUGUCGACCUUUUGACUGUUGACCUAUUAUGCCAUAACCAUAAGAAAUAUAGGGCCAGAUUCAGAGGUCUUUGCUGGCAUUGCAGAUCCGAAUGCUGGGUCUGAAGACUCCACGGUCACCAUUGCCGCCAUUGCUUACUCAGAAUGACCAACAGAAUGCAGACACUGGCCUUGGAGCACCUACCAAACUGGGGUGACCACCAAUGUUUUGUAAAACGUCCCCCGUCUCGCACUCGAUCAGCUGCUGCACUGUAAUCUCGCUUGCGCAGAGCUCUCAACAUCGGAGUUGUAAGCAAGUCUUUGGGUUUGCAUACAACUCUGAAUCAGGCCCAUAGCCAGUAAAUUUAUUUUUUUCCACUGAAAUAUAAAGCACAUUUAACUAUGCUUGCUCUUACACAAUGUUUAUCUAUUUACAAAUAGUUUUCCUUUAGCAUUGUUAUUGUGUGGUGUUUUUGUAUAAAAAAAUGAAUAGAGAAACCUACUCCUUUUAUUCCAUUUUUAAGUUCUUUUUUUUUUAAAAGUCAUGUGUAAAAGAUGGUAAAGUAUGUCCUGUAUGGUUUCCGGUAUGAAUGGUCGACCAUGUUAUGGUCGACAGUCAUUAGGUCGACCACUAUUGGUCGACAUUGACAUGGUCGACAUGGACACAUGGUCGACACAUGAAAAUGGUUGACACAUGAAAGGUCGACACAUGAAAAGGUCAACAUGAGUUAACCAUGUGUCCAUGUCGACCAUGUCAAUGUCGACCAAUAGCGGUCGACCUAAUGACUGUCGACCAUAACAUGGUCGACCAUCUGAACGGAUACCGUCCUGUAUAGGAGGGCAAUAAUGGUUCUCUGAAUUUUGAAGAAAGAAUACUGUUGACAAAGGUGCCUAAUUUAUGGAAAUGUAUGUGUACAUAUAAUCAAACUUUUUAUUAAGUUAUCUAAAAUAAAAAAUGAAAUAAAUUA